ACAGAAAGAAAAAGGAAACGGGAUAUGUCAAUUUUGCCAGUGCUGUCGACUGAGUUGGCUUGGGUUUCGUCGAAAAUAUAAUGAAGUGAUUUUCAUGGGAUAAUCCUAAUUUUCCAGAUAACGGUGAUAGAAAUGGAGAGCGUGAAUCUUAAUCAGAUUUGCAGGACUUGCAAAUGUGUUAGUCCACAGAUGCGGUCGCUGUUCGAAGGUUAUGAAAAUCCUCAUCAGAAUCCCCGUAUUGACGAGAUGCUAAUGGCCUGUGCUUCAGUUCAGGUAAUAUGUGGAGACGGUUUGCCGACUUUAAUUUGCCAAGUAUGUGUGGAACAAUUGAAAAAUGCUUUCCUAUUCAAAAAACAAGCAGAAAGAGUAGAUGUUGGUCUACGAGAGUACGCAAAAAACCUCAAAGUAAACGAAAUCAAACAAGAAUUACAAAACUCGGAAUUCAUGGAAUCUCUUAACACACUUGACAGUAUUCUCAAUGACUCAGCUAAAGACCCAACUACUACUAUUGGGGAAACAUUACCUCCCCAGAAAUUUGAAACAGAUUACAUACAGUUUAUGGACAACAAUCAAAUGCUUCUCACAUGUCGUGAAUGUGCAAAAAUGUUCACUACAUUAGAGGGUUUACGUUGUCACAAACGCAUACACACUGGAGGUAUGUACAAAUGCAAACAAUGCGACAAAGAAUAUACAAGACUUAAUCACCUGCAACGCCAUGAACAAUCUCACAAUAGAAGAAAAGUCCAUGUUUGUAGAAUUUGCAGUAAAACUUUGACAAGAAUGGAACAUCUGAAAAGACACUUGGUGACACAUUUAAGAGAAAAACCAUUUUCCUGCAAAACGUGUAACAGAGGAUUCAACAGAAUUGAACAUUUACAUAAUCAUGCUCCUAGAUGUAAAGGUGAUACGGUCUACCCAUGCGAUAUUUGCAAUAAAGCCUUCAACCGCGAAGACAGUCUCGAAGUUCAUAGAAAAAUGCAUGACUCAACUACUCCGAAAUUACCGACAAUUGAAAACUUGGAUAAUAUUGAAGAUCAUUAUUACCAGAUCGAUCAAGACCCAUCUAUGGACUUUUCUGAUCAUGAACAUCUUUCUGAUGUUGAUGAUUACUUUGAACCUCAAGUUGAAGUGACAGAAACAAUUGAAGAUGAUGACAAACUGAAGGUUGCUGAAGAAAUUUCAACUCAACAAGAAGAAGAAAACCAGGAUGAUAAAAGUAUCCACAGUGAUGGUUCUAUUGGUGGUGGUGAUAUCGGCGUUGACAUAGAUAAUGAUAAUGAGUCCGAUGAGGAGGAAGACUUCGACGAGGAUAAAGAAGAUAAUGAUGCUGACACUAGUAUGGAAAAAGGACCAAAAGAUUUAACAGGUAUCGAUGAUGAAGAAAACGAAGAUCAGAAAUCAGUUAAACUUGAAGAUGAAAAACCGGAAAUUGAUAUAGAUGAGCAGAUGCUUAAAAAUGUUAUUGCUGAAGUGGAAGGUGAAGUUUCAGACGACGAUGACUCAGAUAAAGAAAGUAACGACUCAGAUUAUAUGCCAGUAAAGAAAUCACCACCAGUGAAACGUGGUCGAGGCAGACCUCGUAAAAAUGCGGAUGCGCCCCCCAAACCACCGAAGAAACCGGGAACCGGCAAGAGAGGCCGUAAGCCGGGCUCUAAAAAUAAAAACAAAAUUGAUAGAGAGAUCAAAAAAGAAAAGGAUGAUGAUUAUGGAGAUUAUCCUUGUCCUGUUUGCAACGAGAUGUUUAAUACGAUGAGUAAACUGGAUAGACACGCGAAAUACAAACAUGAAGGAGCCAAGAUUCACAAAUGUAAUGUGUGCAGCAAAGCCUUCUCACGCGUAAAUCACUUGAAGAGACAUAUUACAUCACAUUCGACUAUUAAACCUUUCCGUUGUACAGUAUGUACCAAAAGCUUUAACAGACGCGAUCAUCUCAAUCAACAUCAAAAGUUGCAUGAGAGAACUAAUGAUUACGAAUGUGAAAUAUGUCAAAAACCAUUUUCAAGGGCCGAUCACCUCGCUAAACACAAGGCUUCGAAACAUGGCAUAGGAGAGAGAAUAUGUGUAAUGGGCGAGAAGAAAUUUGAAUGUCCUCUAUGUCACAAAUUCUUCACAACAGAGAAAUACCGAGAUGUUCAUGUGGCAGGUCACAACGGCACUAAAGAAUACUCAUGUAGAGUAUGUGAAAAGACAUUCUUAUCUAAAUCUCACCUGACAGAACAUAUGAAAUUCCACAAUGAACAUUCCAAGAAGUUCCUUUGUUCUGAGUGCGGACAGCGCUUUAUUAGAAAUGACUAUUUGGUUAUUCAUAUGAGGCGGCAUAGAGGAGAGAAGCCAUUCAAAUGCAAAUAUUGCGGAAAAGGUUUUCCAAGAACGACAGAUUUGACAGUGCACGAGAGAUAUCACACUGGAGAGAAGACUCAUUUGUGUACAAUAUGUGGAAGAGGAUUUGGAAGGGCUUAUAAUCUCACCGUUCACAUGAGAACGCAUACUGGUGAAAAACCAUAUCAGUGCACAUAUUGCGAUGCUGCUUUUGCACAAGGUAACGAUCUUAAAGCCCACGUUAGACGUCACACAGGAGAAAGAUUCCAAUGCGAAUUAUGCACGGAGAGUUUCCUUAUGGGCUAUUUAUUGACACAACAUAAGAGAACUGUUCACGGUUUGAAUGUUGUUAGUAACAUACGAAGGUUGCAACCUGUUCACAAGCAAGAAAAUCCCGAUGAACCUCCACCUAUAACAAUUCCUUUACCGAAGCCAGUAAUUCCUGAUAAUGUCAUGUUCAACGCCUUACAUGCGAAUGCUUUACAUGCAAAUGCUCUACACGCCAAUGCUCUCCAUGCCAAUGCCCUCCAUGCGCAGUUGGCCGUUGCGCAGCUGCAUCAUUUAACAAGAGAAAAAAUAGAGGAUGUACAGUACUAGAUACACUUGCCUUUGUAAAUACCAUAUGAUCACCUAAGUAGGAUACAUAACAUUUUUGUUAUUAACAUAGAAAUAUUGAUGGUAAUCUCGUCACAUACUCUUUAUGUAAUAUAUUAGAAAAUAGAAUCUAUUAGGUACUAAUUACUUAGAUCAGUAUCUGUUAUUUUAUUUUGUUCUUAUAAAUCUCACUUUUGUCUUUCAAUUGUUUAUAAUGUUCACGCUUAGUAUUUAUUUUGAUGGUAAAUUGAUUAGAUAACGGUACUUAGAAACUUCUGAACAAUUUUAUUUUAAAAUACUAUACAUAAUGUGUAUUUUCGAGAAUUAAAAAAAGACAACUUUU